AUGGCAAACUCAAGCAAGGAUUUUCUAUACUUGGUGGGAACACUUUUGCUAGUCCAUUCGGGCUAUUCGUCGUUUGAAUUUCACAAAUUAACAGCAUCAACUCACAAACAACACUCGUUGCCGCUAGAUAUCUCGCUUGAAGCCGUUGUCGGGUUCAUCAUAAUAUUGGUUGGCGCAAUAACCUCAAUUGAAAACCCCAAGUACUUGUCGGUGGAAGAUAAAAUCAUACUGGAAGAAUCCCGAUAUUUGAAACCUAUCGAAAUGAAAAAUGCUGUCCAAUUGGGCGAACAAUUGGGGUUGGCUGAUUAUUCCGAUUUGGAGAAUCGUGUUGCGUUCAUUGAUGUAAGGAGAAUCAGGGGUGAAUACGCCGAUUGGGCUGUUAAACAAAACCUGGAAAAGAAAACAGAAUGA